AUGUUUGACUCGGCCCCUUCUAGCCAGGAAGCGGCGCCGCAGGCGCUUCUGGACGCUAUACUACCAUGCAUAACCGGGUCCAAUGAGUCACCGCAGCCACCCACUGCCACUGCCCUAUCAUCAUCGACACUAGUCAACAUGACUCCACAAACGCAGGAGCCGACACGUUCAGGGACCGCGGACUGGUUCUGUCGGUCAACGAGACUUAAACGGGCGCAUUCAGAAGCUCCCGGAGAUGUUGCACCCAGGGCCAAAAAGCCAAGAUGGUCCCAAAUCAUUGCCCUUAAGGUCUCUCCACGUCACCUCGCCCGACUUGCGGACAGCGAGAGAAUAGCGGAGUUCCUUACCCCAUCACCAGAAGAGGAGAUACCUCCGCCGCAAGACGAAACGAUCAUGUCGAAUGCCGACGAAGAGCACGUCCCCUCUAACGGCAAAUCAUCAAGGGUCCCGGCGACUUCUACCGACGAGGGUAACACCGAUAGUGACAACAUUGUUGUGAAACGACCCGCCCACCUCGAUCCUCCUUUCACCAAGCUGCCGUCCAGGCAGAAGACCGACAGGGAUCAGGACUCAAAUAGCGCCCUACCAUCCCGUCCAUCCACUGGUGGUCGCGAGAGCGCAUCUGGCGCGGCCCCGCCCCUUACGUUGACGGCGGCCUCACCAAAACAGGCUUCAGCGACGGCUCAGGGGUCUGGCGUGUGGAAUAGUUCCCCAUUGUCUCCCGCCGAUGAACGACGUCCUGCUACACCGUGCGAUACUCCACCCGUACAAUGCCAGAAUGAAUCUAGUGGAGGACACGCUGGAUCUGGCAUAUCUAAUAGAGAGAGGACAGCCGGCUCAAACAACACGAGAGCUAUGUUGCCCGGAUGCCAGCAGGGGCAAGACCGAAUUGUCUCAUCUGUGUCCACCACGACUCGAUCGCGCACAAAAAGACGAAGAAGAUUUGCCCCACCCACGCAAGCACUGCUGCCUCAGAGGUCGCUGCAGUCCAACAUAUGCUAUCAGACGCUGGGGCCUGGAACUAUUGCCGCUCCUACCCUGCUAGCACCUCAGCAUGUUGCUCUUCAUAGCCACACUCAGAGCCAGAUUUGGCGGCAUCAGCAUCAGCAACAAUACCAGUUCCAGCCAGCUCAUUGGUUGUCACUCCCUAAUGCAGUACAAUCACAGCAAGCUAAACAUCAGCCAUUCCGCACGCCACCAACAAUACCUUCAAAUCUCUCAUCGGUUCCUCAGGUACAACAGCAGCACCAAGAACGAAGUUCGUUGCAUUCUCACAAUGGCGCCAGACCAAUGCUAAAACACCACUCGCGCCAAGUAUACGCGCAGCACACCCAGUUACAGGCAGUUCGUUCCAGUAUGGAAGCGCCAUCAACUCCAAUUCAGAACCAUGGCUCCAAGACCCUCUUCACACGGGCUGGAGAACAACCUCCUCCAACACACUCGCACUGGACUGGUAGUGGCUUGGAUCAGUCACAUCCUCCUCGCCGCGAUCUCAGUCUUAUCAAAUACAUGGACGCAGUUCAGGCCAACUGUCUUGAACAGAUCUCUAUCGAAAUUGACUGGGCUCGUAACUUCAACUACUCUGAUCAUCUGUCAAUGGGAGCCUUCUUGCAGUGCAAGACCGUUGACGACUUUUUCUCCCUCAUUGAAACCCAGAUGCCAGACGAGUUGCGGGCGGUCGAUGGGAACAGCAGCCGAGUGAAAGAAGUCAAGAUCAAGGCUUUGACGCCUCUGAAGGGCAAGGUCCUCAUGCCGCGUAUCAAGCGCGACGAAGAUUCUGGACGCAUAGCCCUUCGCGCGCUGAUCAGGAAGCUGCUGUCGCAACCGCCCGAUGCGAACAUUGAGCUAGAAUUCUUGAUUGUCUGGGAGUAA